AUGGUAUGCACCCACCCCUCCAACACUGGCUCUACAGCAACCACAGCCUGCGCUUCGGACGGAGAAGACGAUACCAAGUCCCAAGUCAGCGCGGCCGCCGAGGUCGAGGUCUCAGCCGAUGAGACCGGUUCCAAGGGCCAGAUGUCUGUGCUCGAGGCGCUCAAGGGCGUCCUCAAGCUGGCUCUGAUCCACGACGGACUCGCCCGCGGUCUGCGCGAGGCCUCCAAGGCCCUCGACCGCCGCCAGGCACACAUGUGCGUCCUCAACGAGGCGUGCGAGGAGGAGGCGUACAAGAAGCUCGUCGUUGCGCUGUGCAGCGAGCACAAGAUUCCUCUCAUCAAGGUCCCCGAUGGCAAGCAGCUCGGCGAGUGGGCUGGUCUUUGCCAGAUCGAUCGUGAGGGUAACCCCCGUAAGGUGGUUAACUGCUCUUGCGUCGUUGUCAAGGAUUGGGGUGAGGAGUCCCAGGAGCGCAGCAUCCUCCUCAACUACUUCCAGACCGAGCAGUAAGCGUGUCGCCACGGCAUACGCUCGCCCAACACUGUCGGUAGCUACGUCUCAAGCAUCAUCUCGCCCUUUUGCUGCGUCGGUUCGGUUCAUUCGGGCAUGGCAUGGAGUGGGAUGAGCGGGGAUGUAAAGUUAUGAUGUGAUGGGCGCAACGGAAAUAGAUGGCCCUUGUGCCACGAAUCAAAACGAGGAACGAGUUCAAAACGCAAGACCAUGUGCCUGUAUAACCCAU